CCCUCGCUCGCCGCCCCCGCCAUCCAGUUGGUGCGGUCCAGGGCGAGCACAUCAUGGCGAUUGAAGGUGGAGAAAGAACCUGUGGAGUACAUGAACUUAUCUGUAUUAGAAAAGUAUCUCCAGAGGCAGUUGGAUUUUUGUCAGCUGUUGGGGUGUUUAUUAUCUUGAUGCUGCUCCUUUUUCUCUAUAUUAAUAAGAAGUUCUGUUUUGAAAAUGUUGGCGGGUUUCCAGAUCUUGGUUCAGGAUACAGUACAAAGAAGAAUUCACAAGAUAAAAUUUAUAAUUCCUACAUUGACAAAGAUGAGCAUGGUUCAUCCUCUGAAAGUGAAGAUGAAGCCCUGGGUAAAUAUCAUGAGGCCUUAUCCAGAACACAAAAUUCCAGACUACCAUUGGCAGAUUCUAGACAAAAGAGCUAUACUUGGGAAACAAGACAGAAAUAUAGCCCUCUCUCUGCAGAAUAUGAUGGAUACAGUAGCGAAGCAUCAAUAGAUGAAGGAAACUGCAUUCAGAGAAUGAGAAGAACACCCCCACUGGAUGAAUUGCAGCCACCACCAUAUCAGGAUGACAGUGGUUCUCCCCAUCUCUCAUGUACACCCUCAGAAAUUGGGGACAGUAAAUGUGAAUUUUCCCACUGCAGCAACAGUCCAAGAUGCUCAUAUAACAAGUGUCCGAGUGAAGGAAGCACAGGUCAUGAAAUAGAAAGUUUUCAUAAUAAAGGAUAUGAAGAAGAUGUUCCAAGUGACAGCACUGCAGUCCUGAGCCCUGAAGAUAUGUCAGCUCAAGGAUCAUCUUCACAGCUUCCUAAACCUUUUGAUCCUGAGCCAGAAGCUAAAUAUGGCACACUGGAUGUGACUUUUGACUAUGACUCACAAGAACAGAAGCUUCUGGUAACAGUGACAGCUGUCACAGAUAUCCCAACAUAUAACAGGACAGGUGGCAACUCAUGGCAAGUACACCUUGUUCUUCUACCUAUAAAGAAACAGAGAGCAAAAACCAGCAUCCAGAGAGGACCAUGCCCUGUCUUCACAGAAACAUUCAAAUUUAAUCAUGUUGAAUCUGAGAUGAUUGGAAAUUAUGCAGUUCGGUUUAGACUGUAUGGUAUACAUCGCAUGAAAAAAGAAAAGAUUGUGGGGGAAAAGAUUUUUUAUUUAACAAAAUUGAAUCUUCAAGGGAAAAUGUCAUUACCUGUGAUAUUGGAACCUUCUUACAAUCAUUCUGGCUGUGACUCCCAAAUGAGCGUGUCAGAAGUCUCCUGUAGUGAAAGUACAUCCUCCUGUCAGUCUCUUGAACAUGGCUCAGUUCCAGAAAUUCUCAUUGGCCUACUUUAUAAUGCCACAACUGGAAGACUAUCAGCAGAAGUGAUAAAAGGCAGCCACUUCAAAAACUUGGCAGCGAACAGACCACCCAAUGGACUGUUCUGUUGUCUAAAACACUUGAUAGGUGGACAGGUUUAUAUAAUCCGAGAUACAUAUGUUAAAUUAACUCUACUGAAUUCCAUGGGUCACGAGAUGUCCAAAUGCAAGACAUCCAUCCGCAGAGGGCAGCCAAAUCCAGUAUACAAGGAAACUUUUGUUUUUCAAGUGGCCCUAUUUCAACUCUCUGAUGUGACACUCAUACUGUCUGUGUAUAACAAACGCAGCAUGAAAAGAAAAGAGAUGAUAGGCUGGAUUUCUUUAGGUCUGAACAGCUCUGGAGAAGAGGAACUCAAUCACUGGACUGAAAUGAAAGAGUCGAAAGGACAGCAAGUGUGUAGAUGGCACGCAUUGCUAGAGUCGUGAUGACUAGGAUUAAUGAGCAAUUGCAGUUCAAGGCAGCAUCAUUUCUGAGUACAACAUUACUCUUCUUACCUAGUCACCUAUUCUUUGAAGAAUCAUCUUUAACAUUCUACCCAAAUGCUUUAAAUUCUGUGGAGAGAACAUCUAAUACUGACAUAAAUGAAGAAAAGAAGUGUCUCUAGUAGAGCUUGUUUGAGAAAAUGAGAAACUUUCAUCUUUCUUAAACUGACAAUCCUCCAGAGCUUUAAGAGCAUCCUUUUGGUUUGAAGUUAAUUUUACUUUAGCAAAAGAGCCAAUAAUUUUAUGAAAAAUCAAAAUUAUAAAUGAUUUUGAAAAUCAGAAUUUUUAGCUGCAGCACCCUUUUAGGUCACCCUACAUAUUAUACACAAGACAUAUUUGACUGGCUCAUCCCUGGUGUUUGUAAUGUUCUUUAAUAUGAGAAAGUCAUUCUCCAGCGUUGUCAGAUCUAAUGGUGAAAGGUUUCAAUCACAUUGAAAAUCAUUUUAUUUCAGAUAUUUUCCCUUUGUGCACUUAGUUUUGUUGUGCCUCAGUUCUUCUCAAUAGCACUAAAUCUAAGUGCAAGAAGCAAGUAUUCGUUUUCAUAAGGGAAUGUUUUUUAUGUGUUAUUUUAAGAAAAGCUCACUUCUUCAAUUGCCUCUGAUUUUGCCUGAUCCAAAGAGACCAAGUUACUGUACUGGUCCCUUGCAAGUCUUCUAGACAGGUUGUACUGUAGACCAUGUAACUUUCUGUUGAAAGCACUUCCUGUAUUCUUGUAUUCCAAUGUAGGAAGCUAAUAGAGCAGGACUUCACUUUAAAAUCUCUUUCAAUGGUUGACUCUUUAAAAUUAUAGUAAUGUGAAAAUACAUUUUUUACAAACUAAAAAAAUAUAGUGAAUAAGCUGUUGAAAAUUGAAAACAAUUCAAGUUAAAGAAAAUUUUAAUCAUCUGCUCUGAGUAUUUAGUAACCAACACUGCAUAAAGCAGGUAGCAUUCAAAUAAGAAACAGUUCUCUUCACUCUUACUUCAAUUUGUAUUUGUGAUCUAAAGACUCUCCAGUUCUAAGUUUGAAUCAGAACAUCAUGUUAAAAACAGUUCUGAGAUUCCUUAAGAAGUUUCUAGUGACUUGUGACUAGAUUUUAUGAAAUUUACAGGUACGUUCUUCAACGUGAUGUCAUCCUGUGCCUUCCAUGUAAGUUAAAUUUGCUCAUACAGCUUGAAAGUUGUAUUUGCAAAAUUAGGCCUUCAAUUUUUAUAAAUGUGAAGAUUAGAUUCCUCAGAACAGUGUCACAAGAUCUUUAUUUCCUCUGAAGUAUGUAAAAGUUGUAUAGUGUGCUAAUUUUUUUUAAAUGGCAAGGCAUUUGUUGUUUCUAUAUUUAGGAACUCUGAUUACCAGGAAUAUU